CACAUUUCCUGCCGUCUUUAAAAGUCUUCCGUCUUCCCUUACUCACUGCUGCGACAACAGAAAGCUCAUUUUGAAAUGGCUAAAUAACAACCAAAUCUUCUUUUUUUCCACAUCCUUACAAAAAAAUCAGCUUCAAAGAUAUUAACUGGAAACUUAGAAACAAACCAUUGAGGAAUGAGUUCAGAACACACUAGCAAACCAACAAACACGUCUUUUUAAGCAGUACUGUUAGAUGCCAGUGCUUUGGUUCUGUGGUGUUACCACAGUGCUUCCUUGCCCUCUGAGAUCAGAUUUAAAUCACAGCACUAAUCCUGGCAAACAGUAUUUUUAACUUGCCUUAGGACAGAAAGAGCAGCAAUUGGAUUAGAGCAGAAGAGAAGAGACUGAUUCCUGAACUCAUGCAGCCGAUCUCUCUGCAUGUGAACUCAAGUUCUCUCAGUUUAAGCAAAUUCUAGGUCACUUCUCUUUAGCAGAAUUUUAGUGGCACAUCUACGCCACUUUUUUCAUUUGACCUGACUUUGUCUAAACAUUUCUGCUGGAUUAUCUUCUGAAGAGCUGCCACGAUGACGACUAUAAAGCCCAAGUUGAAAGUUCUGAAAAAGCGUCGCUCCAGUCUUUUUGCAAGUAUCAAACGGGACCUGAGCUUUUCUCAGAGCAUCGAGGAAGAGGACUCUGAGUUCCCAUUUUCACAGGACAGCUCUGUGAAACCAUGGACUUCAAUGGACAACCUUGACACACCUAUUGAGCAAAAAGAGCAGAAGACAGAGGUUGCAAACCCGAGGAGGUCAAACAUUGUCAACCUGAACGUUGGGGGAAAGGUCUUCCACAUCCCCAAGCAUUUGGUGCUUCGAUACCCCUCCACCAGAAUCGGCGUGCUUGCUCUCUGUAAUGAUCCAGUGAAGCGGCUGGCGCUAUGUGAUGAUUAUAACGUCCAGAACAACGAGUUCUUCUUUGACAGAGACCCCAUGUUUUUCCAUUACAUUUUUCACUUCUACUGCAGCAGCGUGCUCUGGGUGAUGGACAGUCUCUGUCCUGUCAACUUUGAGGAGGAGAUGUCGUUCUGGGGGCUCAGGCUGCAGGACACCCCGAGAUGCUGCCGUAUUUUGUUUGAGGAGAAAGUGGAUGAUAUCAGAGACCAGCUGAAGGUCAACAAGGAGCUAAUUGAUGAGAUCAAACCUCACCAAGAUGACGAAGGCUACAAGAGCAUGUUUCUUGGGUUCUUCCGCAAAGCCCUCUGGGACCUGAUGGAGAACCCUUACUCCUCGUUGUCAGCCAAAGCUUUCGCCGUGUUUUCCAGUCUCUUUGUUCUCAUCUCCAUUGUAGCCAUGACGAUGAACACAGUCAAGGAACUUAGAGAAUACAAGAUUGCGGGCAAACCCUACAUGGAGUGGAUUGAAAUUUCCUCCAUUCUUUUCUUCACGUUGGAGUAUUUCUUGCGUUUAGUCACCACAUCCAACAUCAAGCAUUUUCUGCGGAGCGCCCUGAACUUUGUUGAUGUGGUGGCUGUUAUGCCAUACUUCCUGCAGAUCAUCUUUGAGACCUUUGUCAUUGAUGCAGAGGAUGCGAGUGCGCAAGAGGACCUGAAGGCCAUGUCAAGAGUCAGUAAAGUCAGUAAGGUGCUCAAGGUCGUAAAGCUGAUGCGCAUCUUCCGCAUCCUGAAACUUGCCCGUCAUUCAACGGGCAUGAGGGCCUUUGGUUUCACCAUCCGCCAGUGCUCAGAGCAGGUGUGCUGCCUGUUCCUGUUCAUUGCCAUGGGCAUCUUCACCUUCUCUGCACUGAUGCACUCUGUGGAGGUGGACCAGCCCGGGACCCCGUUCAGCAGCAUCCCUGAUGCAUGGUGGUGGGCUGCGGUGAGCAUCUCCACAGUCGGAUACGGCGAUGUCGUCCCCAUCUCCUACCUCGGUCGCUGUGUGGCGUUUGGGUGCAUCUCCUUCGGAAUCAUUCUCAACGGGAUGCCCAUCUCCAUCCUUUUCAACAAGUUCUCAGACUACUACGCCAAACUGAAAGAGCAGGAGUACACGUUCUCAAACACGGAGCGCACAUUCCAGCUGAAGAAGCGUCUGCGACGCAAGUGUGACAACUGUUUUGAGCCGCCGCCGGAGGACUCAGACGAUGAGAUGCACUACAGGCCCGGCGGAAGGCCGGCCAACCAGGAGUAGGAGAAGCUGCUCUGCCGGCCCUGCAGUGUGAGGCGGAGGAAAGUCAUGGCGUCAGUAAGGAUGCUGUUUUACUGUUGCUCCCCUGAAGUGAAGCUUGUGAGGAGAGUUUCCUGAUGGAAGAGCGGCCAUCAAAGGUUUUUUUUUUACUUUAUUGAUAAUCUGUUGAUAAUAUUUCAGCUGCUUUAUCUCAUGUAUGUAAACUUUCCUCCUGUGCUAGCUUACUGUUACCAGAUUAGCUAUGAAAAAACAUUAUUUAUCAUUCACAGUCUUCAUGUCUUGGUAAUCUUCCUUCUCCAUGAAAUGAUUAGUUUUCAUGCUUUAGCUCUGUAGCUAGUUUUUUCAGCAUUCAUUUCAAUUUUAGGAAAACUGUCAAAUAUUUCUCAAAAUGAUUCCUAUUAAGAAAAUAAAAGGUUGUUGUGUAUCACUGAGGGACAUCACUAAA